CUUCGUCUGGGCGGUCGCUAGAUCCAAUCCGCCUCGAUUUAUUUUUCGGGAAUAUUCAAGAGAAACUAAUUAUAUAUAUCGGCUAUAUAUAUAUAUAGAUAUUACCCUAUUGCUCCUUCGUCGGCUUAAUUUUUUGUUGGCGUGUUCAACGUGUGUCUGCCUGUGAUUAUGUGCCAGGGUGUUAGCGGAGGAAGGAAGUAAUCGAAAAAUAUCCCUCCAAGCUGUGGCCAUGGCCAGCAUCCUGUUCCCUCUGCUGCUCCUCCUCGCCGUGGCCUCCAGCUGCCUCGAUGCCCUCGAUGGUGGCGCUGGUGGUGGCGGUGUCCCCGUGCCGGACACCUGCUCCCUGAAGGAUAAUUGUAAUCUGGGCGACAAUCUGCUCACUCGAUCGGGUCAGGGAUCCGAGCCCGGCGAUGUGGCCGGGGACAAGCUGGAGAGCAAGAUCGCCUCGAUCUUCGAGGACAAGGUGAACUAUAGUCUGAAGCUCUUCGCCGACGAGGCCACCACCACGAUCCUGGAGUACCAGACGGCCAAUCUCAGUGAGCUGCAUGCGGUGCCCGGAAACUUUACGCUCCACCAGCUCCAUCAGCUGGAGGCCGCCAACGCCCCCGAAGACGAUCAAAUUGAGGAGGACGAAAAGGUCUAUCUGUACAACAUUGGCAGACGCUUUCUGGCCAUAACCCAGCCCUUCGACCCGGCCAGAAAUCCGGAUGCCUCUUCGCUGUGCCGCCGACAGAUGCGCCAAUAUCUGGACGCCUUGGACAACUUUGAUUUGUGGGCACUGCGAAUGCACGAUGCUAGUGGCAAGUUAAACUCUGGCAUUUUGAAUGGCAACAUCAAUCAGCCCGGCGACUUUGAUCAGUGCCUGGGCAUUCAGCAGCGGAUGAAGGCGAAUCAGGAAGAGGAUAACAACCAGGAUCAGGAUCAGGGUCAAGAGGACUCGAUAAUCCGCGGCCAGUACUGUCUGGCCUAUGCCCAGCCAGUCCUGCCCCACAAAUCGAAGCGCCUGCAGAGCUUCUUCAAGCUCAUCCAAUCCCAUGGACCCUUCAAGAGCGAGUUCAAUGAC